AUGCUUUUCGACGCACCGGCUAUGCCGCAGCAGAAUGGAAGUAAAGAGGCGAAGGAGCGAGGGAGCUUCGGAAAAAUCUAUACAUACAAGCGGAGUCCCCGAGCGCUAGGAAUCCAAGCGGUCGCGACAUCUAUUGGGCUGGAGCUGGAGCAAGUCGAGCUGCAGCCGGCAAACGGUGUCCCGGACUACUACUGGAGCUUGAACCCGCUGGGAAAGACACCGACGUUUGUCGGCGCGGAUGGACUGGUGUUGACGGAGUGUAUGGCGAUUGCCCUGCACGUGACCAACGAAGACUCGACGACCACCCUCCUGGGAAGCACCUCCCUCGACUUUGUCCAGAUCAUCCGCUGGAUCUCCUUCACCAACACGGAUGUUGUCAACCGCAUGGCAGCCUGGGUCCGACCAUUGAUUGGCUAUACGCCCUAUAGCAAGGAGAAGGUGCUCAAGGCGCAGCGUGAGACUACGCAAGCCAUCCGCGUCUUCGAGGAUAAUCUGCGGGACCGUAAAUAUCUCGUGGGCGAUCGCCUGACGCUGGCGGAUAUCAUGUGUGCUAGCUUGCUCUCGUUUGGGUUUGCACAGAUCUUUGAUAGGGAGUGGAGGGAGGACUUUCCCUACUUUUCGGGCUGGUACAUGAUGGUCAUGCAUUUGCCCAUUAUGAAGGCGGUUGUCGAUGAGGUGCCGUUUGUCGAGGUGGGCUUGCCGAAUGCGCCGCCAACGGAGCCUUUCAAGGCGCCUUAG